UUAGAACCCUAAAAAAGAUCCACAGUCUGUCUUUCCUCUUCCUCCCAAAAGGAGAGAAACUAACCAGUAAGUCGUCAAAAAGAGAAAGGGAAAUAAAAUAAAAGAAAAGAAUGAGUGAACAAGAAAGCAGCAGUGAUGAAAGAAUGAGCAGUGAAGAAGAAGAACAACAACAAAAGGAGGAGGGAUUUUCAUAUUGGAAUUUGAAAGAUGUGGAAAGGGGUCAACUGCCACCACAUAUCCGAAAACAAGGAACUCGUGUUUAUUGCAAACCUGAUGCUCCUACUAAUACUGAAACUUUGCAAUAUUCUGGUUCCUAUGCGUCAAUGGGAGUAGAUAAUAGUUUACGAUUAGAUUCUUUCCGUGAAAACUUCAGAAUUAAGGUAAUUGCACUGGAUAAGGAUAAAAUGGAGUUUGAUAUGAUUGGUAUUGAUGCAGCAGUUGCCAACGCUUUUCGGAGGAUUCUCAUAUCUGAGGUUCCCACAAUGGCUAUUGAAAAGGUCUUCAUUGCAAAUAAUACAUCUGUGAUCCAAGAUGAAGUGCUUGCCCACAGAUUGGGUCUCAUUCCCAUCAAGGUUGACCCUAGGCUGUUUGAAUAUCUUUCAGCAAAUGAUACACCAAAUGAAAAGAACACUAUUGUCCUCAAACUCCAUGCUCGCUGCAAUCGGGGCCAGCCUCGCUGUUCAGUGUAUUCUCAAGAAUUGAAGUGGUUACCAAAUGGAAGUGAGUUUGCUAAAGAAUCUGAAAAACCUGAUUCCAAACCAAGUACCUAUACUUCAUUUAGUUGCAGCCAAGACUCCCUGCCAGAAUUUGCAGGCAAUCCAAUUUCCACGGUAGAAGAUAUUAUACUUGCCAAACUGGGCCCUGGACAAGAAAUUGAACUAGAAGCUCAUGCUGUCAAAGGAAUGGGAAAAACACAUGCAAAAUGGUCUCCUGUGGGGACUGCUUGGUAUCGGAUGUUUCCUGAGGUUGUAUUACUGGAAAACAUUAAAGGUGAGGAUGCUGAAGAACUUAUAAGGAAGUGUCCAAGUGGCGUAUUUGAUAUUGAAGACACUGGCAAUGCUAAGAAGAAGGCAAUUGUAGCUGAUUCACGAGCCUGCACAUUGUGUAGGGAAUGCAUAAGAGGGGAUGAAAAGUGGGAGAAACGUGUGGCACUGCACCGUGUUAAGGAUCAUUUCAUAUUUACUAUUGAAUCAACUGGAGCAUUACCUCCUGAAGUUCUCUUUACUGAAGCUGUGAAGAUCUUGGAAGCCAAGUGCGAACGUGUAAUUACUGAGCUCUCUUGAGGCCUUCUCGUUUCCAUUUUUUCUGGAGUAGAUGCUGAUGAAGAGGUGUUAUUUAAUGUUGUUUACCAAGCUUGAUUACUCUCUCUCUCUCAAUUUUGGAAUUCGAAACCUUUGCAAAGCCUUUUAAGUAAAAGCCUCAGUUUCUGCAUAGAAGCUUUGUUACUGAUAACACAGGAUUAUGCAGUGUGAAUGUUGAUUAACUGAACUCUUUCAAGGCCAAGCUUAAUUGAAUUCCGUGGCCGAGUUUCAAUGUAUAGCUGGGAUUUUACUUGAAUGCAUCCUAUUUACUUGAAGCA